GGACUUCCUCGCUGUUGCUAAGACACUCUUGUUUCGCUCCUUGACAACCCUGGCGGGGGUGCGCUCGCUGAGGCCUUAGCUCCGGCCCCCUCGGGAGCAGCACCCCUUGGGGAAAGACAUUUUCUGCUUCCACCAAGCUGGCAGGGCCUGCUUCCUGAAUCUCCUGGGUGUGUCUUAAUUACCAGUCCCAGCACCUCCUGAAAACAUCCCUCUCUCCUCCUGGUCACAGUGGAAGUAUCAUGGGAGAAACAGAAGGGAAGAAAGAUGAGGCUGAUUAUAAACGACUGCAGACCUUCCCUCUGGUCAGGCACUCGGACAUGCCGGAGGAGAUGCGAGUGGAGACCAUGGAGCUGUGCGUCACGGCCUGUGAGAAGUUCUCCAACAACAAUGAGAGCGCUGCCAAGAUGAUCAAAGAGACCAUGGACAAGAAGUUCGGCUCCUCCUGGCACGUGGUGAUCGGCGAAGGCUUCGGCUUUGAGAUCACACACGAGGUGAAGAACCUCCUCUACCUGUACUUCGGGGGGACCCUGGCUGUGUGUGUCUGGAAGUGCUCCUGACACGCUGUCCCCCCGCCCUUCCCCGCCCCGCCACCCCACCCCGCUGUUCCCCUGGGAGGGGGGAGCAGCCACGGGCAGGUCCUGACCUUCCAGAGGAAAGCUAGGGUCUUUCCUUCCUUGUCCUGUGUUCCAUGUCCUGAGCCGCGCCCCGCGUGUGCAUCCGCAACCAUCUCACGCUGAGUCCCCGGGGGCAGCAGGGGGGGCUAGGGGGUGUGACAGGGUCGAAGGAGGGGCGGGGGGUGGCAUUUUUUUCUCACAGGGACCUGCCAGCCCCCCACGCCUGCCCACACCCAGCACUGUGGGCAGGCGUCUGCCUGUCCUUGUCUUGUCGGGGUGUGUGCAGAUGGCCUCGAGGGAGCCUCUUCUCUUAGGGGGUCACUUAGGGCUUCUCGACUUCUGGAGAAGCAGUGACCCCACUCCCACCCCCAGAAGCCCCUUUCCCCACCUGGCCCUGGGCUGAAUAAGCCGCCGCGUCUCGCCGGGCCCACAGCUCCACGGCCCCCUGGUUUUGGCACGAGGACCAAGCAGCCCGUCCCCACCCCCGCUCCGUCCCGGCCCUCCCCCCACCUUGCCUCCAUGUGUGCAGUUGGUAACCAGUGGCUGAGGGUGCGGGAACCACGCCUGCGCGGUUUCUGGAAGUGUCACUGACCUCCGGUGAGACGCCUGGGCCAGGAGCGCCCUCGCCGCGAGGCCUGCUUUAGCAGGGAAACCUGGCCUGCCACUUACUUCUCAUCAGGGACCGCAUGCUGAUUUGUACUUCUUAUCUCUGCUGGGUUUUCUAUAUUCUUUUUGAGUGUGGGGAGAAGGGUUUUAGUAGAAGGGUGAAUCCUAUUUUACACAGCGGUCUUAUUUAUAUAUAAAUGUCUUGGAUUUUACAAUUAAAAUAACCAAAAACUGA